AUGUCGUGGAUUCCUCGUGUUAGUGCAGUGGUCGGUCGUCGUAUGGCAAUCCGGCCCCAGAUGUGGCAGAUGCGUAUGGCUGUGCCUGUUUACCGCUGCGCCACACCUGUUAUGAUUCCGCAGCGCUUUUACGCUACCGAAAAGGAUGGUAGCGUUUCGCUGAAUGACCCUACGGAGGCCGAAGCGCAAAAAUUGCUUGACAAGGGGACUGAGUUUUUGGAAAUUGGAGACAUGGAGAGUGCGAUGGCAGAGUACCGCAAGAGCAUUGGCGUUUUUGAAAAUGCAUCAGCGUAUUACAACCUGGGCAUUUGCCAGUACCAAGCGCAGGACUUGGAUGGUGCGAUUGCGUCAUGGAAAGAAGCGUUGCGUCUCUCGCCUGAUAGCCCGGAUGCGCACACCAACUUGGCAUCAGCCUACAUUAUGUCCAAGCCUCCUCAGGCUGAGCUGGCACUGUCGCAUCUGAAAGAAGCCGCUUCGUUGAGUCCUGAUGAUGGCGAGAUCCAUUUCAACUUGGCUACGGUCUUGGAAGCUUGUGAGCAGUUGGAAGAGGCUGUAAAGAUGUACAAGAAGGCCAAGGAGAAUGGUGUCGACCGUGCUGAGCAGAAUGUGCGCAACUGCAUGGCCAAGCUUAUGGCGGCUCGCAUUGACGUGGAGCGCCAAGAGAAGGAGAUUGCCGAACAAAAGGCUGCACAGAAAAAAGACUAA